CCAAAGUGACUUGAUUACACCUGAUGACUCUGAUUUAACAUCGCCAAUAUUUCCUCAUUUUGUAACUUGUGCGAGCUACUAUGCGACGCGUAUUGAGUGUUGUGCUCGUGUCAGUGUUGUUGGCAAGCUUGGGAGUUGCUAGAGGUUACGAUGUGGACCACCCACCCGCCGUCUGCCCCAAAAACAGCGCCUGUGCUUAUUCAAAAGAAAAGUCUUCGACAGACUUAUUUCACUACUUGAUCAAUGGAUCUACACUUAUAGAAAUCAAAUACACGCCAUCGGAAAAAUACUUCCUGAGGUGCAAAGAGAUACCACUUUCAUUAAUUGACAACCUACCAGUCCUGACUGAACAAGAUGAUGUGGAAGAAGUUGAAAUUUACAAUUGUAAAGCUCCCGACCGGAAUAUGUCAUAUUACGACAUAUUUCAAUUAUGGAAUAUCACUCUGACUAAGACACUACGGCUCACUAGACAACCCGCGGAACCUAGAUUACAGGGACAUCAUUUGCGUGAUAUGCCAAUAAACAAACUUAUAAUUGAGAACGAUGGCCGUGAAAACCCACCAGCACGACCGUCACAAGAUUUCGUUAGCGGUGUUGCAGAACUACUCACGUUAAGGCUUAAAAAUGUGAUUCCGGAUGUGCAAGCAUUUAUGCAAUUCCCUGAUAAGUUAGAGAUCCUAAUUCUACAGUACGCGCAAGUGCCAGCUGCAGUAAGCAAGCUAGGGAACGGCAGCGCUUGGUUGGAGCGGUUACUCUCAUUGAAAACUCUGUUCAUCCUAGAGAGCCCCAAAGAUGGAACCGAGCCCUUAAUUCUACCUAAAUUUAAUGUAUCGUUACGAAACUUGACAAGCCUAACUUUAAUAGACGUACCGCUAAAUUCAAGCAGCUUAACUGGGAAGUUGAAUGGCUCUUCUAUUAAACGUCUUGAUCUCCAGUAUUGUGGGUUUAAUAACCUAUCAUAUAAUGUGUUCAAGGGAGCAAAUCUAACCAGUCUUACUAUAAAUCACCAUAAGCUGACCGUACCAAGAGGCGUGUUUUCACCGCUGAAAUGGCUGACGAUGCUGGACCUAACAAACAACAACUUGGACGGUGCUACUCUUCUAGACGCAGUGUCUUCGCUGCCACGUCUGCAGAAGCUAGUGGCCCGUUACAACCCCCUGGGCUCGCUGUGCGGUGAUGCUGAUGUACUUUCUGCUGAAUCAAAGUGGCCAAAGUCGCUGCAGCAUUUGGAUUUGGUCAAAACGAAAGCAACCAGAAUCUGCCCAGACUGGGUUGAAAACGACGAGCUGAUGAAGAUUGAACUUCAAGAUAACAACAUUGGAGAUCUUACUUACAACGAUCUGAUUAUGAAAAGAGCUAUUAUCGGGCCGGUGAUGUUAGACCUGUCUAACAAUCCCAAUUUAGGCAUUGUCAAAGUAUCGAGCACCGAUAAACUACAAUGCCACAACGACUCUGUUCAAAAAGAUUCUAACAAUCGAACGCGAGCAGAGGUACUGGUAAAUAUUAAAAUGAGUGAUGUGAGGUGUGAUCAUGGCGGGUACUUGCUGCAAGAGGCUCUUCGUGCCUGCCCACUGUGGUUGACGCCUAGCGAUAGCAACCACGAUACCGAAUGCCCGUACAGCGGCAGUGAUUGCUUACCAGAAUGUACAUGUUCCAAGCGGCUGCGCGACAAUGCAACAGUUGUGAAAUGCAAGGGGGCUCUGCCGCCGGAACCUCGCUGGCCGGCGUCGAGCCGGGCCUUCCCGCUGGUGUUGUACGCGGACCCCGGCACGCUGGCUGCCGUGCCGACCGAUAUUGAUGUGCUGCUGGAGCUACACGCACCCAAUAACAGCAUCAGCAGACUUGACGGCUCGGAUGUAGCUAAUAUGCUUGCAUUAGAUGUUAGCUACAACAGCAUUCGGCAUAUCUCGGAGAGUGCUGCUCGGAGGCUGAGCGCUGAAGGGACAAUCCGCGUCGAACUUAAAGGCAACAGAUUUGAUUGUUACUGCUCCGACGCGCCAGCUUACGAGCUUCUAGCGAGUAGUCAAGCGGUGCGUGAUUGGAAAGAAGCUUUAUGCGCUGAUAAUAUUCACGUAAUGGAAAAAAUUAAAAGUGGGCUAUGUUUCCCAAUUUGGCCCCUAGCAUUUGGCCUGGUAUGUCUACUACUAUAUGUGUUAGCAAUUGGAUUGAUAUUGCACUUUUGCAAACCACAAAUAAGACAAGUUCUUUUCAAAUUGAAUUGUUGCCGUCGCUAUAUAUUUAGAGUUAAUGAUGAUAUUGAAAAGGAAAAAGAUGUUUUCUUGUCAUAUUGCCACGAAAAUUUAGCGCAAAUGAAUAUUAUAAAAAAAUAUCUAGAAGAACGAGGUUAUUCUACUAUAGAACAUAAUCGUGAUUUUGAACCAGGCGAUCCUAUAUUAAGUCAAAUCGAGGACUCAGUCCAAAAAGCGCGUCGAACACUUGUGCUUGUUUCAAAUCAUUUUAUGCAGUCUAAGUGGAUGGAACACGAGCUUCGCUACGCGCAUACACAUGCUAUUAAGUAUCAAAUAUCUAAAGUGGUAGUCGUCCGAUACAACUUGAGUAAAGAGACUUUGGGCAUGCUGCCACCUGAUCUUAGGUACUACAUUAAACACCACACUUACAUUGAUUGGCAUGAAGAAAAAUUCUGGGUAAACUUAUGCAAUUUCCUUGGAAAGCCCAAAUUUCAGGUUGUCGACCUCAAGAUUGCGUAGCCAUCCACAUUUCCUGAUUCUUCUUCCUCCUCUUCUACCUUUAAGUAGAACUGGCAAUGUAGUUUGUAAUUUACUUCUAGUCAGUACAAGGUACAAGUCACGCUGCCUUUCAAAGUAAAGACAGGUUAAUAGGAUAGGUGUGGUUUGAAGCUUUGUUUUACUUACUUUUUUUUACCUUGUUACGAUGUUCAACUUAUGCAUCUUAAGAAAUAAACUUACGAAAGUUUUUACAUAUAUUAUUUCUCAAAUAAUUGAUACUACUUUUGUUAAAAAUUGUGUAGACCUUUGUUGUUUUAAUUUUCUUCAAUCCUAAAGACUCGUCUUGAUACAAAAUAUUUUAGAUGUAAGAAUUUGAUGUUAAUAUUUUGAGCCUGACGUAACUAUAACACUUUAAUCUCUCGCUUUACACAUAUUUUAUUACACAAACGGGUAUACCGCGAUAUAAUUUGAUUGUUUUUACCUUAAUUGCGACGUUUCAGCUGAAUUGCACCAGCUGCGGUCACGGAAGUUUACCUGACGUAACUGUAGUAAAAAAAUUAAAUCCACGAUAUUAAUGUUACCAAUUUCCUUUUGUUUCUCUUAAAAAAAAACCUUAAUUGUAUGUAUUUUAAUUGCAUAUUAGUAAAACAAUUAAAAUAAAGGUGACAGUCCAUUUCCAACGACAGUACCAUUCAUUUUACUAUGGAAAUUUACAAUAACACCGACGCUUUCAGUACUAGUAGUGCAGCUGCGGUCAGAACUGGAAUGUUACCCUAAGUUUAGAGGUAAGUAUCUAGUUUAAUAAGGGCGUCCAGUUUUCGAUUUUAAACGUCGAUUUAACUAAUUUUACGGUUUAACUUCACCAAUCACACUGUUGACAGGUGACAGAUCAAAUUCAUAGCAGAUUCAGAAAUUUUAAUCAGAAUCUUGCUCCAAGUCUCGAUUUUCGAGCACUAAUAGUGUUGAGCAGUACCUACCUAUUUUACGUUGCCUUGAACUGUCUAUGUUUCAGGUCUCCGAAACAUGUCGCGGGAGUGACUAAAAAUACGGUAGUCAAAUGAGUUUAAGUCGUCCAAUUUCUUUGUUAUUAUGCUAUUACCCAUUAAGAAUAGAUAAUAAUACUUUUGUGUCUACUAUAAGUUUUUAUUUUUUAUUCUCGUAAUAAUUUUAAGUACCUAGUAGAGGCGAAUUAAUAUGUUGUAUCCCUCGUGUUUGAGGCGACACAGGGUCUGGGGGUCUGAAGCCAUUUAGUUUAUAAGGGAGGCGGGGCACAGAAUUAGGAAAAGGACCUCCAAAGUGUAAUGAAUACCUUUGGCACCCGGUAUAAUUUGCGGGGCUAAAUUCGACUGAAAUAAAACUUAAAAUAUCUAAAGUAAUCCAAUUUAUUGACCAAAAAAAAAACAACUUAUUAAUUAAGUAGGUAUAGUUUAUAAAUACAUUUGUUAUCCUGUUUUUUUGUCAUAUGUAAUAUAUGUUUGUUUCAGUUUGUUUUUAUAUUGAAUAAGAGUUAGACCACGA